UAAAUAUUUUAAUAUUGCUGAAUCUUGGGCUUGGAAUUUCACAAAAUUAAUGAGGCUAGCAAAUAAUUCUUUACAAAACAGAACUCUUGACCCUUUAAUUAAUUAUAGAUGGAUAGAAGAUUUGCCUAAUUUUAAUCCAUUAAUAGAAGCAUUUGUGGAAGCAUCAAAAAAUGAAAAUUGGGAAUUUUCUCAAUAUUUGUAUAAAUUUUUACAAUUUAUUUGUGAAAAGAAAAAUGUUGGCCUAACGUUGGGACAAGCUGAAAUUUUUAGGUUAUUUAAAAUUUUUUUAAAAGUUUUUUGGUUUAGUGGACAAGUUUAUAUUCGUUGGAGUUCAACAUUUCUCAAUUUAUCGUUAGACAAUACUCAACAAACUUUAGAUUUAUUAAUUCAUCAAAUGGCUGCUGAAUUGGGUUCUCAUCGUGCUUUAUCAAUUUUACAAUUAUUUUUUGAUGGAGAAUUUAAUUUUAAUAAUAAUAAAAAUAUGAGAUCACCAAAAUUAAAUACUCAAAAAUUCAAGGAAGUCGCCGAAAUUAAUUUUGACAAAAAUAAAUUAAAUAAAAAUCAAUUGGAUUUAUUUAAAUGGAUUUUUGAAAGAAUUGCUAAUGAACAAAAAGAAGAAAAAUUGAGAGAGGGGACUGAUAUAAUGGGUGAAACAACUUCAACAACAACAGAUACUCAAAAUAAUUCUGUUUUGGAACAAAAUGAGAGAUUGCGGGAUUUGGAGAUUAGAUAUAGAUGGUUGGUUUGUUGGGGUUUUUAUAAAGAAAAUUUAGAUUACUCUAACGGUUUUUACCGCUAAAACUAGAGGGCUAGGGAAUUUUUAAAAAAUAUAUACAUACAAAAAAUUUGUGUUCGGUUCAUUAAUAGCCUCCUUGAAAUCUGACUCGCGGAUACGACCCCUUGCUAUAGAGUCGAAUCUCGUUUGAUCGUACGCUCAUAUGUUUACCUUACAUCAUACCCUUGAGUGUCCAUACAUUUUGUAUGGAGAGAUAUAACUUAGUGUCACAUAAGCGAGAUCCAACUAUAGUUUUAUUGGUCAAUGGGUCUGGGAGAUAUGCUCAAACAUGGGGUUGUCGGUUUCAAACAGAACCGAAAAAGUUCAGUU